UUUUUGACCAACCACAUGAAAGUGGCUUUUUGGGUAUCAAAAAAAAAAAAAAAAACACUGAAGUGACACCAUGAUCUUCUCUCCACUAUAACACGGAAGGCAGACUCAACUCGAAUAUGGCCAAGGCAGAUAUUGAGAUGGACAUUCAGAGACACGAGGACUCGGCGGGAGGAAGACAUGAUGAUGAAGGGCCGCUGAUCAAGUACUACCGCGCCAGUGAGGUCCUGCCGGGCCCCGUGCCGGCGCUGCAGAGGCUCCUCAGGAAGGGCCCAGCCACCUGCGCCGCCAUUCAGUCGUCCAGUGGGAUCCUGAGUUUUGGGAUCGGGGUCGUAUUUGCGGCGUCAUUCGGGAUCAAUCUUAAUUUCCUGACUUUAUUCCGAGUUCCCAUCAUUACUGGAAUCAUGUUUAUCUUUGCUGGAAUCUUGUCCAAUCUUCUGUACAAACACCCUGGGCUUCUACAGACUUGUUUCAUCGCUAACAUCGCGUGUCUGGUCGUGUCUGGGAUCGGAACCAUUCUCCUGAUUGUUGAUCUUCGUCCAGGUGGAAACACCAUCCAGAACAAGAUGGAGGUUCUGGCGCUGUGUGUGACUCUGAUGGACAUGAUCAUCGCGGUGGUGCUCAUAUACUGGUUUUACAGAGAGAAGCGCGAUCAUAAGCAGUGACGGCAUGAUCUAACAUCAGGAUGAAGUUGUUCAGCUCAGCGUUUCUCACAAGCAACAAGAAUAGAAUUAAAGAACUAAAGAAAGCAGAAGUAUCUUCAGUGACCUCAAGAUCUGCUCACGAUCUGCCGUGGCAAUAAACGGACUGAAGAGAGCAAUGUGACCAUGUGCUAAACGCGGGUGAUUUGGCUUGUUAGCAAAUGAAAAUACAUUUAUUUAAAAUACUUUUUUUUUUUGUAUGAAUGAAGAAGUAAAGCAGUGAUGCAGCUUGCAGCUUUAUUUGUUUAUUGUGUUUUAUUACUCACAAAGCUGGAUAUUUUCUCUGUACAUAUUUUCACAUUUAUGCAUUUAAUUAAUGUAAUUCAAAAGGAGUUAUUUCUGUAUGUUACUUAUGAAUUUGAGUUAAUAAACUACAGAAUUCAACACGAUUUUAGUUACGGUUUUAUUUUCAAAGUAAAAAGAUGGACUCACAUCUGAAUCAUUUGGCUUUAAUGUGAUGUAUUAGCAAAUAAAAAACUCAUUGCUUUUGAGCUUUUUAUUACCUAAAAAGCUGGAUAUUAUUUCUGUGUACCUAUUUUUUUAAUUUCAAAGUAAAAAGAUGGACUUAUAUCUGGGCUCACAUUUUAAUGUGACUUGUUACCAAAAACAAAAACAAAUAAAUAAAUAUAAAAUAUAUAUAUAAAAAUAAUAAUAACAAAAUAUAUAAUUAUUUUCUAU